AAACAAGAGAACACGAGAACACGAGAACACGUUCGGUUCGUACUUUUAAUUGCACGGAAAAUCCAUCUCGGGGAAACGUGUAAAUCGCGUGAACAACCAUCAAAAUGCAAUGACUGCGCGCAACAAAAGCAACAGCAAGCACACACAAAACCAAAGCAACAACAAGAAUUAAAUUGAAAACGCAACUAAAUUCUCGGCCGCGUGUUUUCUUAUUCCUACGAUUUCUCCCGCUCUUUCGCUUGCAACAAACUGCAUAAUGUGUGUGUGCGCGCGUGUGUGUUUGUAUUGAAUAAUAAUAAAAAGAAUACGAAUAAAGGGGAAUAUUAUUAAAACAAAAGUGAAAUUAAACACGUGCUAUCCGUUCUCUCUCUCUCACACUAUCGCGCGCGUGUUGUUGUUGUUGUAACUUUGCUUUUGCGUUUUUUGUUUUGCCCCGCAAUUCGUUCGCUCUCGGUCGUUCCAUUGACUGUUUUGCCGGUUCAGGCGCUUUGAUUUACAGUUGGAUUGCAUUUCUGGAUAAUAACAAAAAAGGAAACCCAGCAACAAAAUGGUGCAGGCAUUGGAUUACGAUUGUGAGGUUCAGGGCCAACAGGACAUACCGCAGGCCAUCCAACUGCUGGGAGAGAUGAACAGCAAUGUGAAACAGGUCACAGACCUCGUGGAGGGCAUGCUGCAGCGAGUGAAGCGCGGAGAGCUGACCACAGAGUACGGAUUGAGUUUCCUGGAGGUGAAAUAUCAUAUGCUGUUGGACUACUUGAUCAAUCUGACGUAUGUGGUGCUGCGCAAGUGCUCCGGCGAGACCAUCGAGGGGGAUCCCUCCAUCGAGCGGCUCAUUGAGAUACGCACUGUGCUGGAGAAGAUCCGACCCAUCGAUCACAAGUUGCGCUACCAGAUCGACAAGCUGGUCAAGACGGCCACCACGGGAGUGUCGAGCAGUACAGAUCCGAUACUGUACAAACCGAAUCCGGAUGAGAUGAUGAGCAGUGCCGCUGGGGCGGACAAUGACGACGAGGACGAGGACGAUGAUGCGCAGGCAGGCAGCGACAGCGAUGAGGACGAGGAUGAGGAGGACGAGGCAGGAGCAGGUGCAGCGAAAAAGCCACGGAAGGCCGCAACAGCAGGAAAAUCGGGAGUCUAUGUGCCGCCACGCAUCAAACCCGUGUACUACGAUGGCGAUGAAAAGGAUGCCGACAAGGAGAAGAAGGCCUUGGACAGGGCCAAGAAGAGGGCCAUCACCUCCUCCAUGCUGCAAGACCUCAAAGAGGAGUAUUUGGACGCCCCAACAGAGAUAUCUUCGGGCUCAAGGGCCCAACAGAUCCUCUCCAAUGCCCAGAAGGAGAAGCAGGAGUACGAGGAGACCUAUCUGAUGCGUCUGCCAGUGACCAAAGCGGAGAAGCAUCGCCAGAGGAAGCUCACCACGUUGGGCACACUGGGCGAGGAAAUUCUGGGUGAAAUCAGUCGGGAAUCGGCGCUGCGGGGAGAUGGCAGCAAAAAGCGCAAGUUGGCCAAGUCCCGGGGCAAGGGAAAGAAGAAGGGCAGUGGAAAAAAGCGAAAGUUUAAUUAAUCGGAAAGAUUCUGAGGAUACAAUUAUAGUUUUUAAACAUUUUUAAGCACUCGAGACUUUUCUUCGAUUACUUGAGAUCUUCCAUUAAGUUUUUGCUUUAGUUGAACUCCGUUUUUCAUAUAGUUUUUCAUUAGAGAACCUCAGUUGAUAUUUUCAUUGGAUAAUGUUACGUUUUUUAUAAUCAAAUUUCCAUUA